AGAUUGCCGGGGGCCAAAUGCGUCUUGUGCACCAGCAAAUACGUGCGUUGGCCAGAGCCACACAACCUACACGAAGGUGGUGCAAGCGGACGGGGCAUCAAAUGAGAACUCCCUCAAAAUCCCACGCAAAGAGUUCACCAGGAACAGAUGAAAGUGUAACUUUAUUUACGGAUACUGAAGGGAAUUUUGAAGUAGAGACCCAGAAAAAUGUCUCACCUGUUGUUGGGGGAAGCAAAGCGCUUCUGAAUAUGAAGCGAAAGAAAUGA